UGCGCAUGCGCUGUUCUCAACAAGCGGCAGCGUUCGAUUGAGUGGCUUGCGGCUAAAAACUAGCUGAAUCAUUUGGCUAAAGUCUCUCUCUCUUUUCUUCUUCUUAUUGUACGCGUCUUGCGAGGCUAUGGCAGCAAGAUACGAUAGAGCUAUCACCGUCUUCUCCCCGGACGGCCAUCUCUUUCAAGUGGAGUACGCGCAAGAAGCUGUAAAGAAAGGCUCUACGGCGGUGGGAAUCAGGGGCAAAGAUAUCGUCGUCCUCGGAGUUGAGAAGAAAUCUGUAGCAAAGUUGCAGGAGGAGAGAACUGUCCGCAAGAUAUGCGCCCUCGAUGAGCAUGUUUGCAUGGCAUUUGCAGGGCUGACAGCGGACGCUCGUAUCGUGAUAAACAGAGCACGUGUUGAGUGCCAGAGCCACCGGUUGACUGUGGAGGAUCCUGUCACUGUGGAAUACAUAACACGUUACAUAGCCACCUUGAAACAGCGUUACACUCAAAGCAAUGGUCGCAGGCCAUUCGGCAUCUCUGCUUUGAUUGUCGGCUUUGACUACGAUGGAACUCCAAGGCUGUAUCAGACUGAUCCGUCGGGAACCUACCAUGCCUGGAAGGCAAACGCGAUUGGCCGUAGUGCCAAAACUGUCAGGGAGUUUCUGGAGAAGAACUACACAGACGAAGCCAUCGCUGGAGACAAUGAAGCGAUCAAGUUGGCAAUCAAAGCUUUGCUCGAGGUGGUCCAAUCGGGAGGGAAAAAUAUCGAACUGGCUGUUAUCAGACGAAAUCAACCACUGAAGAUCCUCGAGUCCAAGGAGAUAGAGUCUCUGGUGGCUGAGAUCGAGAAGGAAAAAGAGGAAGAGGCCGAAAAGAAGAAGCAGAAAAAGUCCACUUGAAAUAUGAUUAAAAAAAAUUAUUUUUUAAUUGCACUUGGAUAUGGAAGUAGCCUUUCGGGGAAGGUAAAGGGGGCUGAUAACUCAUUUAUUUCACUGUAAAGAGAUGAGUCCUAACUUGAGAUACUGCAGCAGAUGUACGAUACCUCCAACUGUUUUAAGUGUAUAAAUACUCAUACAUACACGCAGCACUCAAGUUAGGCUUCACGUUAAGGACACUUUUCUAUCAUUCAUCAAAGUGCUUUGAUGAUGACAAACAUCACAGGUCCACAAGAGACCAUUCAGAAUUGUAAUUGGGAACAAUUCUCAAUAAAAUAUGGCUUGUUUAUAAA